UUGAGACUAUUGUCUUUCUUUUUCUGCAGGUGGUUCAACUUUGAAAAACUUGUGGAGACUUUCGUGGCUAACAAUGUUUAUUUUAUGGACGUGGAGCAGCUUCAAACAGUUGUCAAGAAGGCGAACAUAAUAGAAGGGGAUGAACAUUUCAAAACCAUGCUUAAUUUUUAUCACGACUUGGGGAUGAUUGUUAAGCACCGCAACACGGUCAUUCUAAAAGCUCAGUGGCUAAUUGAUCUGUUCAGGAAGCUGAUAACCAUUCCCCCAUUUGACAAAAUGGUAGGAAAUCUGUCAUUCACGUUAAAAUGUGUUUUUUGUCCUAUAGGUAAUAUAAGAAAUCAAAUAAGUUCAGUUAUUGCUAUUAGGAUAGAUAGUAGCCGUGUUUCAAGGUGUUCACAAAAUCAACAAAUUUAAGUGGGCAACGGUUUUGAAGCACUGAAUUGCUUGAUAUUGCGAUGCAAAAGCAAUACCAGCCAAACUGGAUUUAUCAGGGAAAAUUCCAAAAAUUUUCCUUCAAAAAAAUUGAUUUCAUUGAUGCCUUUUUAGAUUUACAUUCAUUUGUGUUCAAACAUCUAUUUUUUUUAUUUGAGAUGAUAUCUUCCCAAGAUAGCUAGUGUUGUCGAAUUUGUUCUUCCAGCUGGUGUAUUUUUUACAAUUUUUGGCAAGAAGAGCUCACCUCGCGAGCUCAUUGUAUUCCUAAUUAGGAUCCUGUGGAAUCAAAGCACUGGCUAGAACUCGAGAGAAAUGGUGUCCUCAGCAUGGAGCUUGUUGAUCACGUGUUUUCAAAAUUUCUUCGUCAAGGCGUUAUCAAAGAAGACAUCUUGGACAUGAUGGAGCUGUUUGGUUUGAUUGCAAAGUUCUCGUCACCAUCUCUGCCUGACGUGAAGUAUUUUGUACCAUGUCAACUAAGAUCCCCACCGGAAGAGCUUCGUAAAAUGGAGCCAUCAUCCACUGAUCCUUGUCCUCUGUAUCUUCACUUCCUCAAUGGUUUUGUUCCGCAUGGUCUUUUCCCGCGCCUUGUCUCAAGGACGACGGCUUGGGCAGCCGGGAAUGGAUCAUCACACCUGCAAAAACUCUACCAGAAUGGAGCUUGGUUUGUUUUAGAGGGAAACAGCAUACACGAUAUGAUCCUGAUUUGCCAGAAAAGAUUCAUUAAAAUUUUACUGAGAGAAAUAAAGGAAGCCAAAGCAGUUCCAGUCUCUCUCUCACCUUCAACAUCUGCAGACGUUGCAAGAAGCGUGAAAUUGUUCUUGGAGAGUAGCUUAGAACACUUUUCGCAAGAAUUCCCAUACCUGAGCAAACUGAGGUAUGAAUUCUCUGUUGAAUGUCCGUACUGUUUUCAAAGGGUUCAAGAAUGUGCAAUCCACAGAAAAUCCUCGUGCGCACAUGAGGACUGUUUACACCUUCUCGAAAUUAAACAAGGAAAACGUUUGGUCUGUAUGGAAAGCGUUGGACGUAGUGAAGUCUUAACAGUUCAAGGACAGAAUUUGUGGUUUUCAUCGGGAGGAACCGAGGUACUAUUAAAAUAUCAUAAUUUGUUUCAUGAUAAAGUUCGGAUACAACGCGCGCUGUCAUUGGUUGAAAGUGCGUGCUCUAUGAGAGUAUAAAGCGUUGAGCUGAGCUAAAGCUGUCACACCAUCUGCUUUCUCCGGGACUUUUCCCCAUUUUUUAUCUUUAAUUGAAAGUGAAAUUUCGGAACAGGCAAGUCGCAAAUAGCAACAGAAUAACCAAACAAAGGUUUGUAAACAUGGUAACCAUACACUCCAUCAAAGAAAGAAUGCUAUUAGCAUUUAUUUUUCACUUCGUUAAUAAUCAUUUGUGACCUUGCUGGGCAAAAGAACCUUGAAGGUUCUUCUGUUAAAUGGGUAGAAACUACUGGAUUGCUAACGGACAUUAUAAUGUUUUUUCUUAUCGUUCCAAUUGCUGGUUUUCAAGUUCAUCGGUAAACUAAAGUGUUCUAAUACUCGUGCAAGGUGAUCUAAAGGACCGCCUAAGUUCUCAAAUUUUGAUGGAUAACUCACCAUUUGAAAGCGCAAAAACGCUAGCCCAACCACGCACCGGAAGUGAUCAACGGAGGAGUGACUGAUUAAAAUGGCAUGAACGAGCAAACCAUCUGUAACAUUUAAUUGUGUCUUUUAAGCUGAGAACGUAUAAAUACCACUUCGUUUUUACCCCAUGAUAUGAUGUCAUACGACGUCAUACAAUGAGGUUUAGGUAUGGAGGAAAAACUCACUCACUCACCUGAUUCUGAUUUGUCAGAGAAUUAAUGUAAUCGAUCAGCUUGUGAAUGCAGAUUUAUUUCGCACCUUUUCAGUAUGUAAAUCUUAGUAUGUAUGUACUAAGGAAUAAUAUGUAUUUCUAUUUUUUCGAAGGAUUUAUGCAAAACUGAUGCGUCUGAAACAUCAUGGGAUGCAACAGCUCGAAUUUACCCGGCUAAAUGUGCGUCAGCAUUGAGAGUUACUCUUUUGGCUAGCGAGUGGGGAUCGUCUAUGGGGGGCUUGUCCACCAUCAAUCGACAGCUUUCCAUACUACUGGCCAAACGCAGGGAAAUAGAGGUCACCUUCCUAGUCCCAAAAUUUAACUGCUCUGAAGAAGACAAAAGGACCGCUUGGAAUCACAAUGUUCUCAUUAAAGAAGCAGAGAAACUUCCUGGUUUCGAUCCCCUUGACUGGUUAAGCUUCCCACCUAAAGACCUCAUCAUUGAUGUGGUCCUGGGUCAUGGCGCUAAGUUAGGAAAGCAAGCCCAAGUCAUCAGGGAGUCUCACAGGUGCCAAUGGGUGCAAGUAGUGCACACUGCGCCCGAAGAGCUCGGAAUGUUCAAGACCCAUCCUAGAGCCGUUGCUAAAGGAGAACAGAAGAAAACAACUGAAGUAGAUUUGUGUAAAUUGGCAAAUAUAGUUGUAGCGGUAGGACCCAAGUUGACUGAGGCCUACUCUGCCUAUCUACGCUCAAGCGAGAAGCAGCAAGACAUCUUUACGUUGACCCCUGGCACAUUCAAGGAGUUUUCCACUUUAAAACAUGCUCCAGUUGACUCUGAAAAGUUUAGGGUGUUGACCUUUGGUCGUGGUGACCCUGAGGACUUCGGUCUUAAGGGGUAUGAUAUCGCUGCUAAAGCAAUAGCUGAACUGGAUGACAACUCCUACCAUCUGAUCUUUGUGGGUGCACCUGAUGGAAAACAGGACGCAGUCAAAGAACGUUUGCUGCAGAGUGGUAUUUCUAAUCGUCAGCUGACAGUGAGAAGGUUUUUGCAAUGCCGAGAGAGGUUGAGAGAGUGUUUUUGUGAAGUUGAUCUUUGUAUCAUGCCAUCACGGACGGAAGGGUUCGGCUUAACCGCGUUGGAAGCCUUGUCAGCUGGUCUUCCCAUCCUUGUUAGUGGAAACUCGGGGUUCGGAGAUGCACUGCGUAAAGUGCCGUCCGGAAAAUCUUUUGUGGUUGAUUCUGAGGACCCCAAGGUGUGGGCUGAGGCAAUUACUGUUGUCCGUAAGAAGGAGAGACCAGAGCGUCUACAAGAAACUCAGCGACUGCAGACAUCUUAUGAAGAGCAGUUCAGCUGGGAGAAACAGUGUAACCUUCUUGUUUAUAAGAUGUGGAACAAAGUUCAUGGUGCGGGUAUGCUAAUGAUUUUCAUUAAUUCCUUUCAUUAGACUUAUUUUCUUUUUGUGGUAUGUAACUUUCCACUAUCAUUGAUAUGAAUACAUCUACCACCACGAAUUAUGUUUCUAAAACAUAGGCUUUUCAUUCAUUUUUGUGUAUAUUGUCUAUGUUUGCCAAAAAGGAAACAACUUUUAAAAAUUGACAAGAUAAAAAUGGAAAGAAAAAAAAAAGACUCUCCAAAAACGAUAGCAGCAAACUCAAGUUUCAUUAUCUUUCGUAAGACGAGUGUAUUCCAAAACGUUAAUGCACCAGAUGCACAAAUGUUAUAUUGUGCGAUAAGCUCAUGAAAAAAUUUAUUUACUCCGGUUAUUCACAAUGCAAUUAUUGCUUACUUCGCAUCAUAAUUAUCUGUUAUGACAAAAAAGAAAGCAAAAACAAAAACAUUGCGCAGCAGAAAGUUUAGUGGAAAUUCUAACCAAUAACCGGCUAUCUUCUGAAGACUGAUAGUUUAAUUUGUUACUUUUCUAAUUAUUGAAUCAGAAGGAAGAAUUUGCUUAGUAAUAAGGUUAUUGACCUGUCAUCCGAAGAACCUGAUUGGGAACUCCUUGUCGUAUUUUUCAAGUUUAAAGUCUUACCUUCCAACUGAAAGAAGAGCCUUAUUCCCAUCAGCAAAGUUUUGGAUCAAUUUAUGUCCUCAUGAAUUAUUUUUCCGUAGAUGACCCUAUUAAAAGGGAAAGAUCUCGUUCAUUUGAGGUUAGCACGCUAAAUGGAUACGAAAUCAGAGAUCUUGACUGGAUUAAUCUCCUUUGCAACCUUAAUUUGGGUAGUUAUUGCUUCACUGACAGAAAACUCGUUGCCGAGCCACAUCAUAUUAAAGUUUCACUUAGCUUGCAAUGCCGAUGCCGAAAGAGAUCCCAGUGGGAAAAAAAAAAAAAAAAAACUUAUCAUGUUAAACUCAAAAUUCGGUCUAAAAUUUGAUGGAUUUUUUCUUAAGUGAAACCUUUUAUUUGAACUACAUUGUAUGAUUCAAUGAAACCCACCUCAAAUUAUUUCUCUGCUAGGGCCGUUUGAGCGAAUCAUUCAGGAUCUUCAGCAGAUGCACUUCCUUGCAAGCAAGAUCAACAGCAACACUAACUUGACAGAGGAGUUAACGAAGAUUGCAUCAGAUAAGGGCUUCAGAAUUUCUGACAAUCAAGGGUCAGGAAACUGCAUGUUCCAUGCCCUGUCAGAACAACUAGAAACCGUCAAAGGAAUCAAAAUUGAAAAUGGCCAGUUGAGACAAUCUUUAAUUCAGUACCUCAGGGAAAACCCAAAACUGGUGAGUUACAAUGAGCCUCAUACGUAAAGAGAAUAUCAGAAGUUUUUUCACCAGUGCAGUGGCUUGACUUAUAGUCAGUGCGUUUGACUCCAAGGCUCAGGUUAGAGACCAGGCUGAUUCCUGCGAAAGACACUUUACUCUCACCCCCUCCCCACCCAGGAGUAUAAAUGGGUACUGGCGAAAUGCUAGGGAAGCCUGAUGAAAUGCAAGGGGAGGAAGGGGGGUGGGCGGGUAAACUUGUGAUGGACUAGCAUCCCAUCCAGGGAGAAAUAGUAACACUCCCAUUCGCUUUAUGCCAACUGGAAACCGAGAUAAACUCCAGCUGAGUAGGGGAGAGGGGAAGGCACCUUCAUGGCUUGAGUACAGACCCCAACUUUACCUUUUUAUUUCUCUCUCCGUUUUACGAAAUGCUGUUACACCUCGCUGGGACACUAGUCCUCUUCACACUUAAUAUCUAGAUACCUUCAAGCGUUUUUUUCACGUUGGCCUGACAAUUUUUCUGUGAUCACAUACACUCAUAGUUGGAGAGAGUCACGUUUCCAAUGAACUGUCUUCUCCUAGACUUCAAAAAUACAGUUAUAUUUUACCCUAUACAAGAUGCGUUGAGAGCUCUUAUCGUGGAUUUCAGUGCCUUCUCCCUGUCAUAAGAAUGAGAGGACCAGACAUUCUCUUCCAUAUUCUCAACCAACUUAAUAAAAACUCUCUGGUAGACUCUUGUCCUAAGUUAUGUGAGUUGCGCGCUUAAAAAAAUAUUACUUUUAGAACCAAUUGCCUACCGUCAGUUGAACUCGGACUAAACGAUGUUCCUCUAACACACAAUUUUGCAUUUUUUUAUUAAGAAAUUGGUUGACAUUUUACUAGUAUGGUCACCUAUCUUAAGACAAUCAUUUCCUAGAAGCUUGACGGUAUUUAUAUGAACGCUCGUCGCGCGUCUGCUUGUCGCCGAAUAUGCUCGAGAUCGCGUUGAUACUGCAGCUGUCGAUUCAGAUACCCAACAGUAUGACACGUGAUCUUUGUUUUAAUUUUUACUGUUUGCCUUUUUAAUUGUAAGGAAGUUCAUUUUGUGGUCCAAAUUCCCUUCAGUUGUGUCUAGCCCCGUCCUUAUGCUAUUUGGAACUCAAGUCUUAAUUACGUCUUUAAUUGUUUCUUCUUACAGGCGGAUGGAACAGAUCUGUGUCACUUUGUCCAUGGCCAUGAAACAUGGGAUGAUUACCUAACAUAUGUGGAACAAGAUGGCGCCUGGGGAGAUCACCUCAUUCUCUGUGCAGCAGCGAAUUGCUUUGAAACGUGCAUUCACGUGGUCAGCAGUCUACACAAUGAUGUAGUCAUCAGGCCACAUUCUCUUGUUGACGAAAGCAAGCCUCUAGUACUGGGACAUAUUCAUGAGGUACAUUAUGUCAGUCUUCAACCCAUACAAGGUAAGAAGAGAAAAAACAAA